AUGCACCCGCAACGACACAAGAGCCGGAGUCGCUACACGGGCGGCCCCGUGUCGAGGGCCCUCUUUGACAGCAACGCUGUGGAGCUCUCAACAGACAACAGCCAAAAUGGUUCUCGACCUGUCACCCGGAGCGAGAGCCGAGACGAUGGCAGUGCCCGCUGGAACCCCCAUGGAGGGGCUGACGCAUACGGGAAGGGUCACGCCGAGAGAGGCGCUGGUACCGAUGUGAGUCCGCCACCGCGGCUGCCUUUCACCUUCGCCUUGGGCGGCUUCGACACCGGUGUUAGGCCGCAGGGCAGUUACGCGGCGCGCGUGUACGAGGAGUCCGACGCCAACGAGGAUGACGAGGACACAGAUGAGGGCGGUGAUGACUGUGAGCGGGCAAGUGGCGAGGAGUACUAUACAGAGGAGGAUGACGACAACGAGGAGCUGGGCGAGUACAGUUCAGCUGAGAAUGGCGCGGCUGCAUCAGGGGUGUUCUCUAAAGGUGCUUGUGUGCGGGACUUAGACGUUGAAGCGAGAACGGCUGCACCGACUGCUGGUGCAGAGCCCGCUGAGAGAUUUGGCUUUCACACUGGGAAGCAGUCUGAGCACAGUGUGCCCGGGGAGCGCAGUAUUGGCGCUGCGAUGUAUGCUGCCGCUACGUCCUCAUCUGCCACAAAGGUUGCACCGGCAGUGGCAAGUGCGUUCCGGCGUGCGACGCCGGUGGCUCGCGCUGCCUACAGUGUGGGGUACGACCACACUGUUGGCGAGUCGCCUGCGGAUUCGCUCCGUGCAUCACCACUGCGUGAUGUUGGUGCCUCUGUAUCGGCGGCAGCCACGAGAGAGACUGGCUUAUCUGAGCGAGCCUCGCCAAAGCUUACCACCACACAUAUCCUCGGCAAUGCAAAACGGGGCGGUCCUGACAUGACGGUGGCGACGCAGUCGUUCGGGUACAGCAUGGAAGACGCUAAUCCAGCGCCGUCCGCUGACGCUCGAUUCAUGCCAGCUGUGUCGGUUGCGCAUUCUGCAGCCGGCAGUAGAGCGGCCUAUAACCGAAAUUCGAACAGCUGCAGUGCCUUCACUUCCGUCGCACAGGCCUCCGAGUUCCCGCCAGCCCAUGGAACGACAAGCAGCCCGAAAGAGUCCAUGCAGAGAGCUCCCGAUCGCCAGCACUCAUCGACGACAUCGUCGCCGCUCUCGCCCCAGCGCCCCACAGUCGGGGCGAGGGAUGACGUGCAUGCCCACAGGUGUGGUGACUACGCUCCGUCAACGGGCUUCCAUAACACAUUCGCAUCACCGGUGUUGGCGCUGGACGGGGGCGCCAAUGCACGGAGCAGCAGCGACAAGCCUUGCCACCGCGGCGCGGAGGGGGCAGAGCUGCCUGCGCCGACGGAGCCGACGAUGGGGACUAUCGCCGUCAACGCUGUACCUUCGGCGACGAUGGGCAGCGCACUUGUCAUUCCAGGAGAGCUGAAUCCGCUGUGUUCCUCUGGUUGCCGCCGGUCCGCGGAGAACUUGCGGGCGAACCGGAGAGCCUCUGCAACCGCGGCGGAUGUCGCAAAGUCUGCCUGCGAGCAGGAGAGCCAUGGGCGGCCGCCUUCUAACAUGGCAGCAUCAACGGUGCUGGAAAGCGUACCCCCGGCGUUGGCCCCUCUCCCAACGAGGCAGCGUCCCUUGGAGCUGGUCCGUAGCCGAGAGACGGCGGAAGAAGCGACCGAAGCAGGAGGCAACUCCGCUGCUGCAGAGCGCAUAGAAAGACAGAGCACGGCCGCGAGGUCCGAUGCACCGCCAGGGCGUGCGCCGACCAUGGCCCUCAGCAUCUCUGUCACGAACGUGUUCAACUACUCGGAGACAGAAAGGAUAUGGCUUUCAUGGGACUCGUCGAGUACACUCCCAGCAUGCUCGACUCAGAGGUCGACGUCUGUGAUUGGUCGCAAGGUAGCACCAGCGUCUGUAGGCGCCUUGGGCAAAGUGUUGCCGCCUCCGUCUGCUUCUGCCGUCAAGGUGUCGCUCUACUGUCGUCCGUUGCUGGUCCAAGUGCCGAACCCCUCGCUGCACGCAUCUAUUCUCUGUACCGCUGGCAACAACGCUCUAGCGAGAGUGACUCUCGUCUUGCUCUACUAUGCGCCGCGUCUCCUGGUGACGAGUCUGCUACGGGCGCUUAUCCGCUCCGCUGUGGUGCUCUUUGUACUGACUGCUGGACUGGUCGCGAUGGAUGCUGCAUGGAGCCAGUGGCCGAUCCUGCGUGUCUACGCAGCAGCCAUUCAAGGCAACGCUACGAUAAUGAUUCUCUCGGCCCACGAAUGGCUCGCCUCCCUGGGCGUUGCCAGAGAAUGA